AUGGAGAUCAAAGUUGAGAUGAUCAAUAGAGAGGCAGUAAAGCCUUCCUCUCCAACUCCUCAUCAUCUUAGAUGCUUCAAUCUCAGCCUUUUAGAUCAGCUCCAGCCCCAAGUUUAUAUACCAUUGGUGCUAUUCUACUCCAACAACAGUGAUGGCAGUUCUUUUCCCGACCAUUUCAAGGCUGCUGAUAUAUCCCAUAGGUUAAAGACAUCAUUGUCUGAAACUCUGAGCCGUUUCUAUCCACUUUCUGGGAGAGUCAAAGAUAAUGUCUCAAUUGAGUGCAACGACGUUGGAGCUGAUUAUUUGGAAGCUCGAGUCAACUGUCGUCUCUCAGACAUUCUUAAACAACCCGAGCAGAAAAUGCUGUACCACUUUCUUCCCAAAGAGAUUGAAUCUCUGCAAGCAAGCACAGAGCGUUUGGUUCUUGUUCAAGUUAGCUUCUUCGAAUGUGGAGGAAUGGCCAUUGGAGUGUGCGUUUCCCACGGGGUAGUCGAUGCUGCUGCGACUAGCAUGUUCAUUCACAGCUGGGCUGGCGUGGCUCUUGCAGCAUUUGCUGAUGAGGCAGUGCUGCUACCGGAAUUCAGUGCAGCAUCUCGCAUACCACCAAGAAUUGAGUACAAAGUCGCUGCACCAGCCAUGAGCUUGGUAAACGAGACGACUGUUACGAAAUACUAUGAUUAA